AUGAAGCUCAACGUUGCCAACCCUGCCACGGGCGCGCAGAAGUCCUUUGAGUUCCUUGACGAGCGCAAUGUGCGCUGCUUCUACGACAAGCGCAUGUCCCAGGAUGUCGAGGUCGACACCCUCGGUGACGAGUGGAAGGGCUACGUCCUCCGCAUUGGCGGUGGUAACGACAAGCAGGGUUUCCCCAUGAAGCAGGGUGUCCUGCUGCCCUACCGUGUCCGCCUCCUCCUCGGUGAGGGCGACUCGUGCUACCGUCAGCGCCGCACUGGUGAGCGCCGCCGGAAGUCGGUCCGCGGCUGCAUCGUCGGCCCCGAUAUCCAGGCCCUUCACUGCAUCGUCGUCAAGCAGGGUGAGCAGGAGAUCCCUGGCCUGACCGAUGCCGAGAGCGCCGUCCCCAAGCGUCUUGGUCCCAAGCGUGCCAACCACAUCCGCAAGUUCUUCAACCUCUCGAAAGAUGACGAUGUGCGCAAGUACGUUAUCCGCCGUACCAUCGAGCCCAAGAAGGAGGGUGCUAAGCCCAAGACCAAGGCCCCCAAGAUCCAGCGCCUCAUCACUCCCCAGCGUCUCCAGCGCAAGCGCGACGCUCAGCGCGUGAAGAAGCUCCGUAUCGUCAAGGCCAACCAGCAGAAGGCCGAGUACGGCGACCUUGUCGCCAAGCGCAUCAGCGAGAGGAAGCAGCGCCACCUUGCCGCGGAGGCCAACAACUAA